CCCAAGCAAUUUUUCAAGAAAAGGGGAGAACCGGGGAGAGAGGAGGGGCUGAUCAGGGAGGGGGCUCCGGGGGGAGGGGGGCCCCCCCCAGCCAUGGACGAAAGGCUACUAGGGCCACCCCCUCCAGGCGGGGGCCGGGGAGGUUUGGGGCUAGUAGGUGGGGAGCCAGGGGGCCCUGGGGAACCUCCCGGUGGUGGAGAACCCGGAGGGGGUGCUGGGGGGGUCCCAGGAGGACGGGGAAAGCAGGACAUCGGGGACAUCCUACAGCAGAUCAUGACCAUCACCGACCAAAGCCUGGAUGAGGCCCAGGCCAAGAAACAUGCCCUGAAUUGCCACCGAAUGAAGCCUGCUCUUUUUAGUGUCCUAUGUGAGAUCAAAGAGAAGACUGGUAUGUAUGACUCAGUAUCCGGAGCUCACCAGGAGGAGGAACCCGUGGACCCCCAACUCAUGCGUCUGGACAACAUGCUUCUAGCAGAAGGUGCAGGACCAGAGAAGGGAGGAGGGUCUGCUGCUGCUGCAGCAGCAGCAGCCUCUGGGGGUGGAGUAUCUCCUGAUAACUCCAUUGAGCACUCUGACUAUCGAAGUAAACUGGCCCAGAUCCGCCAUAUCUACCAUUCUGAGCUGGAGAAGUAUGAACAGGCAUGUAAUGAGUUUACUACCCAUGUGAUGAACCUGCUUCGAGAGCAGAGUCGUACACGGCCUGCUCCCAAGGAGAUGGAACGUAUGGUUGGCAUCAUCCACCGAAAAUUCAGUGCCAUUCAGAUGCAACUCAAACAAAGCACGUGUGAAGCCGUCAUGAUACUUCGCUCUCGUUUCCUGGAUGCCAGAAGAAAACGCCGUAACUUCAGCAAACAGGCCACUGGUCUAAAUGAGUAUUUCUACUCCCAUCUGAGUAACCCUUAUCGUGAAGAAGCCAAGGAGGAGCUCGCCAAGAAGUGUGGGAUCACUGUCUCCCAGGUCUCUAACUGGUUUGGCAACAAGCGGAUCAGAUAUAAAAAGAAUGUCGGGAAGUUCCAGGAAGAAGCCAAAUAUCUAGCAGUGAAAACUGCUGUAUCCGUCACUCAAGGGGGGCAUAGCCGUGCCAGUUCCCCUACACCUCCCUCUUCUGCCAGGUUGGACUUUCCCACCAUCUGUUCCAUUGGUUUGCACUCCCUAAAUUGCUUCCUUUUCCUGUAGAAAACGGG